UAUUUAGGCAAUAACAACAAAAAAUACGAACAGCUCGAGAAAAUCGUGCAAAAAACCCAUUCUCCUACUAAAAUGUGAUAAAAAAAAGAAGUUGUGAGUAAUAACGCUGAUUUUAGAGCACCAAUUUCACACUUUUACAAAUUAUGGUCAGAGCGGGUUGUGGAGUAGAAAACAAAAAGCAUCGAAAUGGUACAAAAGCGAACGAAAAUAAUACGUCUCACAACAUGUUAUGUAGCUUCAUAGCCAUGUUCACCUUUGCGGCGGCGCGGGCCGACCGAGCCAACCUUCAAUUUGGUGGUAGCUACAGAUUCAGUCGAAAGCCUACUGUUGAUGCGUUUGUUGGUGCACUUGAGGAGUAGUAGCCUAUAACCUUCAUUUGAGACAAAAGCCAAGUUGCUUUUAUUGAUUUAACAAUAUAUAGCGUUUGUGUCGUGCGGGUGAUUGCUGAUCUAAUGAUUUUCUUUAAUCGCACAAUGGAAUACUUGCAAGAGCUCUAUUCGAAACUUUUUGGCUAUGGAAAUGAUGAUAAUAGCUAUGAUAAUACGCCACGCAAAGUUGUCGCUUUCGGUAACGUGCUGCUCGAUCAUACCGCACAGCUUCCGGAUGGCGACACAGAUCUGUUGGAAAGAUUUCAAAUGCCGGCAGAGUCGAAGGGAGAAUUAGAUGCGGAGACUUUGGCCAAGUUAGCAGCUGAGGCAGCCGAACGCGUUCAAUUUGAAGUAAAUCCCGGUGGUUCAGCUUUGAAUACGGUGCGUAUACUCAAGCAACUUGGUACGGACGCGCUCUUCUUUGGCGCUGUUGGAGAAGAUAAAGCGGCAGAAAAGUUGAAAGAUAUUUUGCAGGAACGUGCAGUUGAAACGAGACUCGCAGCAGUCAAUGACGUGCCCACCGGCCAGUGUAUUUGCAUCGUGAAUAAAAAUACGAAAACAAAGGCGUUGUACGCCAACAUUGGCGCAUCUGCCAAACUAUCCGUCGAUCAUCUAAAAAAGGCCGAACGUGAUGAGACACAAGCCUUUCUCCGUCCCAUUGAACGUAAACAAAUCAUCUACGUCGAGGGUUUCUUUGUGCCGCAACGACAAGAAGUCUGUGACUUUAUUGUAAGGAAUUAUAUCAGAGAACGUCGCCGAUUGGCAAUCAAUUUGAAUGCGGAGUAUAUUAUAAAACAAAACAUUGAACAUCUGCAUAAGCUCGCACGCGCAGCUUUUUUCAUAUUCGGCAAUCGCAAGGAACAUAUGGCUUUUGCCGAGCAGCUGGGUUUUGGAACGAUUGACGAUGCAGCCAAGCAUUUGUUGGAGGAAUGUAUCACCCCCAAAGUCAUUGUGGUGACAAAUGGGCGCGAAUGUGUACAGUUAAUUACUAAUUACGAAGAUGAAUAUUCACCACCGGGUGCAAUUAUGUUUCAAAGUUUUCAUGUGCCUCGUGUCGACACGGUAGUCGAUUCAACAGGUGCAGGUGAUGCAUUUGUUGCGGCAUUCUUGCAUGCCUGGCUACAGAAGCGUUCAUUGAGUGAGUGUGUGCGUGUAGCAAGUGAAGUGGCGGCCAAAGUGGUUACAGUAGUGGGUUGUAAUCUACCAUGAACAAUGGAAUAUGAACAAUGUUCUACGUAACGCCUAAGCUACAAGGAUAACUCAGUCGCACUCAAUUGAAUGGAAUUAAAAUCUACUCAACUUUUAAGCUAAGCAAACAAACUCGUGAAAAUAUUUUUAUAUUAUAAAAUAUUAAUAAUGCAGCCGUUGCGCCGAUGCACUUGUACUCGUUAGCUGCUUCAUUAGCACUUCAUUAUCCAUAGUAAAAAAAUAUUAAGGUAUAUAUAAGAAGGCUUUGCAAAGUGGUCUCAAUUCACGCCAUCACUCAUAUAGUUGCAAACGCCUUCACAUUGACUCAUCUCUCAUUUCUCAUCAGUGCACAAAGCAAUAUGUAAUGCGAAUUUUGAUAAACACAAAAUCAACAACAAUCAACCAUAACAAGUACUUAAAUUUUAUGUAUUCAAGUGUGCUUUUUAAGCGCGUCGAAGUCUUCUUGCCUUCCACUGAUUUCAAUGUGCAUACGUGCAUGAUUCUAUAGGCGUACAAAUACAUAUCCACAUACAUAUGUAGAUAUGUAUGUAUGAAUGUCGAGUUGCUAGGAAGCAGUGUGGGCAAUAAUUAAAUAAUGCGACAAUCGCGCGCUACUCUCAUUUAAAUCUCCAUAAUUUGCAAUAAUUGCAAUCAUACCUGCUUUUGUUUUAGUUAUAAAAUAUAUUAUUUAUAGAAUCUUUCAAAAAUGACUAAUGGAAUCACCGCAAAUAGAACUACUCAUAUUUCUAUUGUGGAUAUACUUCCAUAAUAAAAGUAUGCAAGGCGCAAUGCAUAUUUAAUUAAUGCGCCUAUUAUUUAAAAAACUUUCAAAUAUUGAUGCUAGUAUUUACGCAAGGCGCAAUGCAUAUUUAAUUAAAGCGACUAUUAUUUAAAAAACUUUCAAAUAUUGAUGCUAGUAUUUACAUAGAUCACACCUUUCGUAUGGUGAAUUAUUAUUAGUUUUUUCAACGACUUGUGGUAGAAAUAUUUGCGUAAACGUAUUUGGCUAAAUAUAAUAGUUUAGUUCAUUGAACUUACUGAUUGACAAACACUAACGGCUAUGACAUCAGACGGCUAGAUUUUCCCUCUACUCUACAAGCGCGGCCGUGAUUUGUAACAUACCACGCAUUCCUCUCACAAGAACUAUAGUAAAAGUAGCUGUUAUGAAUAAAAUUGUUCUUCAUCUUCUUCUUGAUUGGCGUGAUAACUGCUUAUCGAUUUUGGCCGAGUUUAACAAAGUGCGCCAGUCGUUUCUUUCUUGUACUAAUCGGCGCCAGUUGGGUACGCCAAGUGAAGCUAAGUCCUUCUCCUCUUGAUCUCUGCUUCCACCAGCUGAUACCGCAUCGAAUACUUUCAGAAGCGGAGCGUUUGUAUCCAUUCGGACGACAACGCACCAACCAACGUAGCCGCUGGAUCUUUAUUCGCCGCGCUAUGUCUAUGGCGUCGUAAAGUUCAUACAGCUCAUUGUUCCAUCGCCUACGAUGUUCGUUGUCACCCACGUGCAAAGGUCCACAAAUAUUCCACUGAAUCUUUCUCUCAAACUUUCAUCUGAAAAUUGAUUUAAUUCAUUAAAUAAAUUGAAUUUACUACAAGGACUACCACUCCAGUAGCAUUCCCCAACAACUUUCUAGAGUUUUAUGUUGCUACAAGAAUAUAGUAAAAAUAACAGCUGCCAAAAAAAAGUAAUUUAUAACUAGAAACCUGCGCAUAAAUUUCUAUGACGCACCAUAUUUUUAUCACCCGUAAAAUAUUUGCUUCCAUGUCUAUUAAAAUUAAAAAAAAAAUCAGUUUGAAAUGGUUGUAAGCGAGGUAUAUUAACUAAGGUGUGAUUGACAACUCAGUGCGGCUUUCUUUAAACGGAUAAUGCCAAAAAAUAUAAACAAGCGAGAUAGCAAGCGUAACAUUUUUUUUGAAUUUGACGUUAUAGUAUAUUUCUAAUGAGAGCACUGACAUAUCCAAUCACACUUUGUUAAAUACAUUUUGAUUUUAAGUGCCUUACAAAAAUGUAUAAAUACGUAAUUAAAAUUUUGUCGCCAAGCAAUAUGCAACAUUUAUAUGAAAAAUAUGUAUUACAGAACUGUAGACUUGCAAAAAGCAUCAUAAAAUAAAGCAAAAAUUUCUAUUUAUUAGAAUUAUCAAGUCUUAUAAUUUUCAAACAAGAUUUUUGUAUCAAAAUCGUGAAGAAAGAGUUUCGGUUGAUUAAAAUGUCGCUGACAAAAAUGAACUUCGAACUAUAACAGUUUAUAGAAUUUGAGGAUGGCGUUAUUAAAAUGGUCACAAAACCAAAAACAAAAAAGGAAAAAAGCCAAGAUACAUUAAACAGGCAGUAGCAGUAGAGGAAAAGCAACAAUGUUAAAGUAUUUUGUUUUUGCUUUUGGGUUCUAGAAUGUAAAAACCUGUUAACACAAUUUCCCAGUUUAGAGUAAUUUAAACAAAUUUUACCGAUUUAGAGACCAAAUAAAUAGAAACAUAUCAAAUCAACUGCUCUACUGAUACUACUUGUUCAAUGUGCUUUUAGAAAACUGCUUGAAAAACAUAAAAAUAACUAUGAUACAAUAAAAUUCUAAAUUUCAGGCUGGUUCAUGCAAGGUGAAGUCACUAGAGCAAAAACAGCAUUUACAAGCAAUUUGUUUUUGUAACCUGAUUUUUGAAUGCCAAAAUUUCAAUUAGAAUAUAAUCAAACAAGUAAAACAACAAUAAAAACCUACAUCUCUAUUUCCGUAUCAUUAAAUUCAGAUUCAUUAAAGAUGGUGGCACUAGACCAACAACAACGUUUUGUACAUUAAAAUGUUACGAUCAAAAAGUUAGAGUAGUGGCAAAAUAGAACGGCUUUUUGUCAUUUUAUUUUGAGCUGACAUUCUAAUGUUUAAAGCGAAAACAAAACAAAAAAAAACAUAAACAUACAUAAACAAAAAAGAUUUUUCAUUUCAAAAUCAAGCAAGGUAGGAAGGUAAAUUGGUUGAAGUACCAGAGAGUAACUUCCGUAGUAGCUUUAGUGCUGUUUCGAUACCAUUAUGAGACUCCCAGGAAGGAGACAUCUACAGCCAACCUGUUGAUGUUCGUUGUCACCCACGUGCAAAGGUCCACAAAUAUUCCACUGAAUCUUUCUCUCAAACUUUCAUCUGAAAAUUGAUUUAAUUCAUUAAAUAAAUUGAAUUUACUACAAGGACUACCACUCCAGUAGCAUUCCCCAACAACUUUCUAGAGUUUUAUGUUGCUACAAGAAUAUAGUAAAAAUAACAGCUGCCAAAAAAAAGUAAUUUAUAACUAGAAACCUGCGCAUAAAUUUCUAUGACGCACCAUAUUUUUAUCACCCGUAAAAUAUUUGCUUCCAUGUCUAUUAAAAUUAAAAAAAAAAUCAGUUUGAAA